UGCUAUCUCUUCAACUGCACCGCCCGCGGCCGCAGCGUCUGCAAGUUCGCGCUGCACCGCGGCUACAGCAGCUACAGCCUCAGCCGCGCGCUGGACCGCAGGCAGGAAGAGCUGCAAGCCGCGCCUCGCACGGAAAAAGAUGAGCCUCCACUUAGCAAGGCCGGGCAGGAUGUGGUCUUGCAUCUACCUACAGAUGGAGUGGUUUUGGACGGCCGCGAGAGCACAGAUGACCAUGCCAUUGUCCGGUAUGAGUGGACACUGCUGCAGGGUGACCCAUCAGUGGACAUGAAGGUACCUCAGUCAGGAACCCUGAAGCUGUCCCACUUACAAGAGGGAACAUACACCUUUCAGCUCACUGUGACGGACACCGCCGGGCAGAGAAGCUCCGACAACGUCUCGGUGACCGUGCUCCCUGUGGCCUUCUCCAUGGGAGGAUGCUCGAAGGUUUGCUCGCGCUACCACUUCUUCUGUGAUGAUGGCUGUUGCAUUGACAUCACCCUGGCUUGUGAUGGAGUGGAGCAGUGUCCUGAUGGGUCUGAUGAGGCUUUCUGCCAAAAUUUGAGCCUUGACCAGAAGAUGGUGACCCACACAGCGACUGCCCAGCCUAGAAUCACAGGACCAAGCAAAGAUGCAGCAGGAAGCUCCUUCUUGGAGAAGUUCCAGAAAGUCACUGUCCAAAACCAGCCACCAGCGUUAUCAAAUACAGAGAAGAGGAAUCAUUCCAUGUUUUGGGGACCAGAGAGUCAAACUGAUCCUGUGAUGCCAGAUCGUGGCUCCUCAGGGAAGAACAGAAAAGAAGAAAAUUAUAUUUUUGAGUCCAAGAGCGAUCGAGGAGGAGGGGAACACCCGGCCCCAGAAACAGGUGCGGUUCUACCCCUGGCCCUGGGCUUGGCCAUCACGGCGCUGCUGCUUCUCAUGGUCGCGUGCCGCCUACGGCUGGUGAAACAGAAGCUGAAGAAAGCUCGUCCCAUUACGUCUGAGGAAUCUGACUACCUCAUAAACGGGAUGUAUCUGUAAUAAGUGUCACUUACAUAGCUGGGGGCGACCAUGUUUUCCUUAUAAUUUAGCCAUAGAUUGGUUCUGGAUAUUUAUAACCUCUUUGGUUUGAACUGGGCUAAGAAAAAUACUGAAACCCCAGAAUAUUCUGUAAACCCCAAACCUUUUUUUUAAUUUAUUGUAGAAAGAGUUUCUUUGGGGAGUAUGGAAAUGUUUUGAAAUUCAGAGAGGAGUCUAUAUGAGUAAAGACUCACAAAUCUAAUUCUGACUUAGGUAAGCUGUCCCUGAAAAAUAGCAAUUUUCAGUGAGCCAAGGCAGAAAAUCCUGGUUCUCGAGGAGUGGCCUUCGAAUGGCAACAUUAACCCUUUACCUUUUAGAAGCCAACCAUUGGCCCCCAGCAGCCCUGGGCCACUUACGCGCAGCUUUCUCUUGUUCGGAGGCCUUCUUGUUCCAGUGCUCUCCUUUCUCUUCUCCCCUUCAAAACCUAUUUCUGAGAAUGGAUCUCAAGUGAGUUUAGACCUUCAAUGAGAUGCUCCCUCUGGCAGCAAUGUCUAAAGUAUAACCCUCGUGAGCAUGUCGAGGAGGUGUCAGGGCAGGUGAGUGUGAGUUUAUCCCAGUGCCUCUGACCUCAGGUCCCUUGGGUGGCUGCCCCCUCAGGCUUGCCUUUGGGAGAACACACCCUGACUUCAGAUCACGUGGUCCCGCAGGGGGGCAGGACGUCAUGGUGACAGCAGAGGCGGAAGUCAAACGUUUGAACGCAAACUCAGCUGAGGGCAACGUGCCAGGACGACCAUUAGUACUUUCUCGAAUCUACUCGACCCUGCUAGAUGGUCCAGGACACAGCAGCUUUAUUUAUACAGUCACUGGUUUUCAACAGGAAUCUGUGUCGAUGGAAGAGAAAAAUGCAUUCAAAUUGAAAAGCAGAACACUGAGUAGAUUUCUAGGGGCAGCUUUUGUAAAAAUGUCCCAUGUUUAAGUAUCAGCAGGUUCUUUCAUCUAAUGGAAUAGGCCAGUUUUCUCCCAUCAUUUGUUUAGUGCUGUAAAAUGUUAUAAUGUGCAAUCGGCCAAUGCCAGGCUUACAUAUUCCCAGAGCAUAAAGCAGUCUUGCACAAAUUCAUCUUUACAGAAAACUGGCAUCUAGUUUAGCAUCUUUCCCCUUUUAAUCAAUCCGUAGGAUUUUAAAGGCAAAUUAUUCCCAUCAUCACUUCAUGCCGGGAUUAUACACAUCCUAGAAAUCAUUCUCCUGAGAGGAAUCUAUCGUGUGGUGCCUGUCUACACUCACAUGAUGUUACUAUGUAUAUAAUAUGGCUUUUUAUCAGAACUGGCAAAUCUUCUAAAAUACUUGAAAACACUGUAGAACACUUUAUUUUCAGACUGAGGUAAGUUGUCCCUUUAGCAAAGGGCUUAAUCUGGGUCAGAAAUAUAACAGACUACAUUAAUAAAUGGAAAGUUAGUUCUAGAAAAACAAAGAAAUUUGUUACUUUUAUUUCCCAAGAGGUCCAAGCAUUUUGUUGAAUGUUUAGAAUUGAGCAAAGAUCUGAAGUUCUCCUCAAGAGCAGACUGGAGAAAUGACUGUGUGAAUGAACUUCGGAUAUCUGUACUCUCUGUGUGCCGCUUUGCAGUUUGCUUUUCUAGAGAAGGUGUCACCGAUAGCCAUACCCAAUAAAAUUAAAACCGAUGAGGCAUGCAUCUUUCGGCACAUCUUUUUAUACAUGAAGAAAUUAAACACAGUUUAGCAUUGCUAUGGUGUUGAAAUACUUGAGAAAAUAUGUCCAUAUCCAUGUGUACAAUAUCCCUUUAAUAAAUUUUAUUUUAUUCUUA